AUGCCGAUGCACGCACGUCACACGAUAGCACUUCGACCACAAAAAAUGUCAUCCCAGCAGUUGGCUCGACUGAUUCCUCGUUAUGACGUGUCUAUCCACGCUGAAACCGCGAAAACCCUCUAUUCCCAGCCAGACAUGAUACUUCUCCCUUUACCUGCGCAACCUAUACGGCCUGCCUACAAAGUAUUCGGUCAUCAUCAUAUCCUGUUCAAAUACCAUGUCGGAUCGUUCUUGACCAACUGGACGAUAUUCCGCAGCCGCCAAUAUGAACAGCCGCAUGUUCUGAAGCCCAAAAUUCACGAGUUUUACGAUAAUCGCGAUCCUAAUACGCUAUGGUGGAAGGUUGCAACACAGCCCAUGAAGGUGAAGAGGGUCGUUCGAAGUCAUUGGUCGCGCCGACUACGUCGAAUCUUCCGCGAAGAACUGUAUUCAAGAGGAUAUGAUGAGACUGGCAAGCCUCUUCCACUCGAAAAGCUUCCCAAGGGAGUGACUCUUCGUACGGCUCCGCUACGUGGGACCCUAGAGAUAGAGCCUAUGGUGUCGCUAAUCACACAAAAAGAUACAGCGGUCAAACGACUGGUGAAAAUCCAGCUAGACCGUGUCAUGGAAGCCAUGAAAGAGUGGCCAAUUGAUAAGCGCACGGGAGCUUACCAAAAUUCUCCGCCGUGA